UGACUUCCGGUAGUGCCAUUUGACCUUAACUUCUGGUAGUGUAAUUUAGUCCCUAACCGAUUCCGGUAGUGCAUUCGGUCCCUAACCGAUUCCGGCUGUCAACUGUCAAUGUAAACGUCGACGGCGACGUAGAAAAAAGAUUUUGUUUUCUUUUCCAUUUUAUACAAAAUAAGAAAUAAAAGAUUUGUGUUUUAUUUUUACAAUUACCAAAGCAUCUAUGUACGUUUAUCGCGAAAAUUGAAACGAAAAUAGAUAAUUGCGUGAAAUUAACGGCUGUGACGGCGACGGCGACGACAAGUGCGUGAAAAAUUCUUGAGUUAAAAAUUGAGACUUGUGGAAUUGGUAAACGGUAACAGCGCUGACGGCAGUGGCGACGUAUUCGACACAUGCAAGAUAGCUGGGAAAGCAAAUAUAUUUGAAAUCUCGGGAAUUCUUAUUCUUGGCUAAAAGUGAAGUGUAUUUAGCUAAUAAAUUAUUCUAAGCAACAGCACACUGCGGAUUACAAAAGUGGCUGAAAAUUAUGGCAUUGGCUCGAAAGCUAACAGCAAAAAUAUAUGAGAUAAAAGCUCAUGACGCAAAUGUUACCAGUCUUGACCUUGGUGAAACGGGUAGUGUAUUAGUCACUGGCGGACAAGAUCGUAAUGUGAAUUUAUGGGCGAUCGGUAGGGAAGAACUGUUCAUGUCACUAACCGGACAUAACAGACCGAUUGAUUGUGUACGUUUCGCUUACAAUGAUGACUUCGUCUAUUCGGCGGACGAUAUUGGUAUUAUCAGACGCUGGGACUUAAACGCGCAGACCAUCUGCUCGACUUUGAAUGGCCACAUGAAAAGCGUGCGCACAUUAGACUUCAAUCCAUCCGGGGAAUAUGUGGUAUCUGGUAGUAAUGACACCACUGUUAGGCUGUGGGACGUCAGGAAUCAAAAUAGGUGUAUUAAGAUUUACCGAGGACAUAUCGCUCAGGUUAACUCUGUAAAGUUCUCGCCGGAUGGAUUAUGGAUUGCCUCUGCUGGUACAGAAGGGUCCGUGAUAAUCUGGGAUAUACGUAAGAGUAAACAAAUCAUGGAUUUUACUGAACAGCCGCCCGCAGCUGCUAUUACUUGCAUACAAUUUCAUCCGUUUGAGUUUCUUUUGGCCGUUGGACGUGUUGAUGGCACCGUCUGCAUAUACGAUUUGGAGAGUCAAGCGCGUAUCUCUCAGACUGAGUCCGAGAGCCAGUUUUAUGGACAUCCAAUAAAGUGCAUUACAUUCAGCGAAAAUGGGGAGUGUCUCUUUGUGGGCACUGCAGCAGGUAUUUCUGUAAUUGGAUGGGAACCGGAUCGCGAAUUCGAUCACAUAAUAUCCACUUGGACUGCGUUGGGUGACAUGAAAGUUGUUAAUCGAAAACUGAUCUGUGGCUCCUAUGAACAAAGUAUUGUUUCAAUAAAUGCACUAAGUAUUGACCGAGUGUUCCCGUUCUACAAUCCGUCAAAUAUAACACCCACCGCUUUCAGCCAUAAUUCCACUACACGAAAGAGUUUUUCGCGCGGUAGUCAGAAGCUGAGACUCUCAAUUACAGGUCCGAAAGAUUCACGGCUGGUGGAGGAAAAUGAGGAUAACAAGAGUCCCAGUCUUGACGGCCACUCAUCGCCAAACUUGAGUCUUGAGUUGGUCGACGAAUCCUUAUUGGACACUACUUCUCCGCCCCCGGCCACAACGUCUGCUAUUCCUUUAUUACAUACUGUGAAUAGUAAUAGUGUUUAUGAUGCGUCGUAUACGAGCGCGAGUCAUUUAGCGCAUAAAUCCAAUACAUCACCUCCAUAUAAUUUCCCAUCGAUGGCAUCCAGUACCGGGUACAGUUCGUUUAGCGGCAACGGCCUUUGUUCGCUAAAUUUUGAUGGACCCAGUUCGUUGAAAAUGCCAGGGGAACGUGAAAUUUAUCUCCACAUGCCGAUGGCGAACUCUUUUGCUAAUGACAUUGAAUACAAUUUAAAUGAAAGUAAUCCGCCCAUAAUAUCAAAUUAUGAUCAUACAGAGAUGGUUGAAGAUUUUCCGGUAAAUCAAAAUAAUCAUCAACAGUCUAAUGUACCAGGCUCGGUUAGCUCAACAACGGCGUCUAUAGGACCGGCGCAACAGAUACCAGCAUAUAAAGGCUCGAAAUCGAAAACAGCAGCGACUGCACAAAAACGCGCUACUCACAUAGCCAUAUCAACGAGUAGCAAAUCACAUGUGAACUCCUCCCACCAGCAACGUAGUAAGCUGUCACAGGUGUCAUCGGUGAGCUCUACAGAGCUGCACAAAUUAGACGACAACAUGUCACUGAAAAAGUCCGCUUCUUCGCAUUUUGUGAACAAGACGAAGCGCGGCAAUGAAACGCAGUCGAAUCUGAACAAAGAAAAUGCGCGAAAUAAAAAUAUAAGCGUACAAAUCUACGCAAAGCCGCCGACACGAUCGCGGACCACACUGGAGCUGCGAUCGCCACAACGACAAAAUACUGCGGCGGCAGCUGCUGCUGCUGCUCAGAGGCAAACAAAUAGAUUUUCAAGCUAUAAUGCAGAUGGCGGCACUAUUACCAAUAUACCAGUGAACUAUAGACCGGAUCCUGCAUUGCUGACACAGCCCAGCUUUAACCAAAAAAGUUUUACCAAUCGUCAAAAUGUCGACGAUAGUUUAGAGAUCCAAAUGCUGUUAGCUUCACACGAGCAAAUUUAUCAAGAGCUAAGCAAUAGACAUGCAACCCUACAACUAAUACGAAAUUCUACAAGGUCUCACGAUAUUAUCGGCGCUUUAAAGCAAGCUAUAAAGACAGGUCGAACUGUGUUUGUUGAUCUUUUAGGCGCGAUAAUGGAAAAAACCUCGUCGUGGAAUUUGGACUUGUGUCUUUUAUUGCUACCCGAAAUCUACGAACUCUUGCAGAGCCCCCACAAGUUUCAUUACACACGCGGUUGCGAUACGCUGCGAGUGAUCCUUUCCAAUUUCUUGCCAAUUAUACAGGAUAACAUUGAUCCAUGGUCAAAUAGUUUAGGAGUAGAUGUUUCGCGCGAGGAACGUCACCGUAAAUGUAUGGAAUGCCAGCACUGGUUGCUCCAGAUACGCAGUCUACCAGAGAGUAACCAAUUUGGUAGUACACUGUCUCAGUUACAAAAUAUGAUUGUCAACAUUUAAGUGAAGUACGUUGUUGUUGUGAAUUAUUUCAAUUGUUUGGUGUCCAUGUUUAUAUUUCAUGACUUAAUUUAUGAUAUCGUUAAUAAUUUAUUGUAAGGUUUGUAAAGUGUAAGGCAACCACAUACCGAUGAGCGCUUCUAUGUUUCAAUGUGGUCAACUAAAAGUAUUUUAAGUCGCAUGUGUGUAUGUACAUAUAUUUCAUGGCGUUUGGCUAACCAUUUUCUCAUUAAAAUUACUACAUGUAACAAAAAAA